UUGUGAGUGAAGAUACAACAUGCCCACGUUGUCCAACUGCACCACCUACAAGGCUUGUUAAGACAACAUCCAGAAAAAAGCCAAGCACUUCUCCUGCUGCUAUCUCAGUUCAUACUGCUUCUCUUCGAUCAACUACUUCUAGCCCUGAAUCUGAUCGAAUUUCAACUAGUACAAUUCAUAUAACUCCCACUACUGCUAUUUCGAUUCAUACUGCUCCUGCUCCAUCAACUACUUCAGGCGUUGAGCUUCGUCUCAUCCCACCUACUAAAAGGCAUAAAACUCGCACCACAACUGAAACAUCAAAAUCUAUUACUCGAGCACCUGAAACCAUUCAUAUUCCCAUAAAAACAAAAACUUGGCCUCAAAUCUUGAUUAGAACAACAACAAAGAGACACGUCUUCACUGCUCCAACUAUAACUGAUACAGAUCAAGAAACUACUCCUGGUGUAAAGGCUGUUAAAACCACACCUAAAAAGAAGCAUAAAACUACUACUGCUAAGCCUGGUCACACCUCAACUAGUAUAAUCCAUAGAACUCCCUCUACUGCUAUAUCAAUUCAUACUGCUCCUGUUCGAUCAACUACUCGACGCCCUAAGCCUGUUAAGACCACAACUAGUAUAAAACAUUUCACUCACUCAACUACUGUUCUGAUUCAUUCCAAGCCUGUGCCGACAACUACUCCAGCCACUACUGAGGCCACAACUCGUACAGUACAUUUCACUCCUUCUACUUCUGUUGUAAUUCAUUCUAAAUCUGUGCCAACAACUAUUCAUACAGCACAUUUCACACCUUCUACUUCUGUUGCAAUUCAUUCUAAAUCUGUGCCAACCACUUCUGUUGCAAUUCAUUCUGUUACUGUGCCAACCACUAUUCAUACAGCCCAUUUCACUCCUUCUACUAUUUAUACAGCACAUUUCACUCCUUCUACUACUCGUACAGCACAUUACACUCCUUCUACUUCUGUUGCAAUUCAUUCUGUAACUGUUCCAACCACUACUCGUACAGUACAUGUCACUCCUUCUACUUCUGUUGCAAUUCAUUCUGUUACUGUGCCAACCACUACUCACACAGUACAUAUCACUCCUUCUACCUCUGUUGCAAUUCAUUCAGUAACUGUGCCAACCACUACUCGUACAGCACAUUUCACUCCAUCAACUUCUGUUGCAAUUCAUACUGUAACUGUGCCAACUACUACUCGCACAGCACAUUUCACUCCUUCUACUUCUGUGGCAAUUCAUACAGUCACUGUGCCUACCACUACUCGUACUGCUCAUAUCACUCCUUCUACUUCUGUUGCCAUUCAUACUGUAACCGUGCCAACCACUACUCGUACAGUACAUUACACUCCUUCUACUUCUGUUGCAAUUCAUACUGUAACUGUGCCAUCCACUACCCGUAUAGCACAUUUCCCUCCUUCCACUUUAAAUAUGACUCAUGAAGUAGAAGAAACAACAAAAAUCAUAACUAUCACAGCACCUACACAUCAUUUUCCAUUGUGGACGCAUCAUCCACCUAAAAGAAAGACUAUACAUCACGAUGUUACACGAAGAACACGUAAAUACACUCUUCGUACAAUACGAACUAGUACAUUGACCAUCCAUCCAAAAGUAACUACUGUUGUAGAAAUUGUGACACCAGAACCUACAGUUACAGUUCCUGUUUUCCUUCCAUCUAAAAAAUUUACUCAUCAUCAGAAGCCAACUACAGUGAGUGAAAUUCUAAUAACUCCUACAACUUCUAUUGUUGUGCACAGUGUCCCUCCUGAAACCACACUGACAAUUCCCAUACCUCUAAAAACACCAAAAAUCACUCAACAUUUUUUCACUACUACUACAAGAAAAAUUGCGUUCACAGCUUCACCUUAUACUGCAAUUGAAGAUUUUUCUGCUCCAUCUACUGUGAUUAUUACAAAAAAACCAAUUAUGACUACUCAUUCAGAAAUUUUGACCACCAAAACAUCUCGUUACCCUAUUCCAAGCAAAACCUAUUCCAUAACAAGGCCUACUGAACUACCAAAAACAUUUUCAAUCACACCAACAACAAUUACUUGGACUCAGACUGUGGACACUACAACAGUUAGUAACAUUCAUUUGUCUGUACCAGCUAAACAUCACGAGCAAAUGAUAGACACAACAAAAGUGGGCAAACUAAUUAUAACACCAACAACGUACUAUGUAACUGAAACAGUUCCUACCCAAUCUACUGCACUAAUGCACAUUCCAGUACCAAGUAAGAUGUGGUCACAAUAUAUGAUACCAACAGAAGUGGCAACUUUUCAUUUUACUCCCGCUACUAUAAUUGAGACUGAGUCUCUUCCUGUGGCUACAACAAAAGUGCUGGUGAGAAUUCCUACUGUUACUACAAAAGCAGAAACAUAUCCUGAUACUACAUUAACGGUAUUUUUCCCUGUUAAAUCUAAGAAAUAUGUCUUGACUUUUGAACCGAAAGAACCUGAAUUUAUUCAUAUAACCCCAUCAACUUUUACUGUAACUGAAACAGUCACUCCAACAACUGUAGAAACUAUUUAUGCUCCUAUGUACAGUAAAAGUUUAAGGCAGUUUGUUCAGCAAACCACUGUAAAAGCUAAGAUAAUUGAACCAACAACUUUUACUGUUACUCAUGCUGAAACAUUACCAACAACGAGCAAAUUUACUUUCACACCAAAACUAACUACAUCUUGUGAUAAAGUUACUAGAACUACUACUCGUUCCUAUCAUUUUACUCCACCAACAAUUGUGAAAGCGGAAAGUGUAAAGGUUCCUGCAACUUUAAAGUUCACUAGAGCCCCAACCACAAGAACAGUAAGAGAAACUAAAACACCUUCCACAACUGUAAUAGAUCACAUUCAUUUACCAACUGAUGUAUUUUUUCUUACCUUUCCUACUGGAACUACUCACUUUCACACUUAUACUCCAAAAGUGACUACAAAAUUCUUAACGUUUACGCCAUCUACUGUUCAGUAUCAAUCAAUUCCAAUGAAAAAUAGGUUCAUUAAUCAAAAAAUCAACAAAACAACUACUCAAGAAUUUAUCAUCACACCUUCUACUUUAACAGCUACUGCCAGCCUACCAGUUCCUUCAACAACCAUGGAGUAUAAAACAAAAUUUACUAGAAAAUGGACUGACAUAGUGUUUACUACAAAAUUUGCUACUUUUGGUAUCAGUCCUCCAACUGUAACUGAAUCUGGAUAUCUUCCUAUACCUGAAACAACGACUGUUAUCAUUGCACCUUUAAUCACUACUGUUACCGAGUUUAUCACUAUGGAGCCAACUGAAACAGUACAAUUUAAGGCUUCUAGACACCAUUUUACUUUGUCUAGAUUAAUAGAACCUUCCACAAUUCAUGUUACACCUUCAACUGCUGUGGUUUCUAUAACUGUUACUCCAACGACAGUUGAAACGAUUCAUAUACCUAAAAGUAGUGUAGCUUGGGAUCAACUCUUAAAAAGAACAACAAUGAAAAAAAUCAUUUUGGCUCCUCCAACUAAAGUUAUUACAGGGAGAGGGCCAGUUCCAACUACUAAAGUGAUAAAAUAUACUCCUGUGACUGCCAUCUUCAAACACACUUAUACCCCAUCUACCACAAAAUCAUUUAGGUAUACUGCUACAACUUCAGCUUAUACUAAACAUCUUUCAAUUCCUUCAACUGUUACCUUCAUUUAUACUCCAGUAACAGGUACUAAAAUAUUAGAAAAAAAAACAACUGUCCGCAGAACAGUCACAUAUCCGAUUCGUAACUUCACUAUACCUCAACCGUACCAUCCAACUGAAAAAAUAAUUAUUAUUCCUCCUACUGCCAAUUAUUCAGAAAUUGUGACUCGAACCACUAGAAGAAUUAAAGUUACUGAGGCCACAACUCGUACAGUACAUUUCACUCCUUCUACUUCUGUUGUAACUCAUGCUAAAGCUGUGCCAACCACUACUACUGUUCGGACAAUACAUUACACUCCGUCUACUUCCAUUGUGACUCAUACUGUUCCUGUGCCAUCAACUACUCAAAAACCUAAAGAUUUUAAAACUUCACAUAGAACAAUACAUUACACUCCUUCUACUUCUGUUGUGAUUCAUUCCAAACCUGUACCAUCAACUACUCCCUGUUGUAUUGAUGACGACGCUCCAGGACUUGAAGCACCACGUACAUUGAAUAAACCUGAACCUGACCAUGAAGCAGAUUGUGAUGAAACAUGCAAGAAUAAAAGAAAAGCUAAAAGAUGUGUUCAGGAAAUAGAUAGUAUAGAAAUGAAUAAAUGCCAUCUUGGAUUCCAUAAAGUUUUAGUGAAAAUCAUUAUUUUGGAAGAAUCGGCAUCUCACCUAGAAAUGCCAAAUUCAGGCCAAAUGCAAUGUUUAAAACAUCUGUUUAACCGCUGCUCUGGAAACAGUAUAGUUAUUAUUCAAUCGAUUCUCUAUGAUUUGUUUGAUGUCUGUAUUGACCUUCCCAUUCCUGAUAGUUACACGCCUGCUUGUCAAGUUCCAAAAAGCUCUGACAUUGAAGAUGUUAGAACCAUUCCUGAAAAUGACAAAAAUAAAAAGAGAACUAAAAGAUGUGUUAUGAAGAUUGAUAAAAAAGAAAUGAAUAAAUGCUAUCCUGGAUUCCAUAAGGCUUUGAUAGAUAUUAUUGUAAAUGAAAAAACUGAGAGUCAUCUGGAAAUGCCAAGUUCAGGCCAAAUGCAGUGUAUACAAAAUCUGUUUGACCACUGCACUGGAAACAGUAUAGUUGUUAUUCAAUCAAUUCUCUAUGAUAUUUUUGAUGUCUGUUUUGACCUUCCCAUUUCUGAUAGUUUUGCACCUGCUUGUGAUGUUCCCCAAAGCUCUGAAGUUGAAGAUGAUAUAAGCGAUCCUGAAAAUGAUGAAGAUGAUAUAAGGGAUCCUGAAAGUAACAAAAAUAAAAAAAGAACUAUCAGAUGUGUUACAAAGAUUGAUAGAAAAAAAAUGAAUAAAUGCUAUCCUGGAUUCCAUAAGGCUUUAUUGGAUAUUAUAGUAAAUAAAAAAACUGAGAGUCAUCUAGAAAUGCCAAGUUCAGGCCAAAUGCAAUGUUUAAAGUAUUUGUUUGAUCACUGCACUGGAAGCAGUAUAGUUAUGAUUCAAUCUAUUCUCCAUGACAUUUUUGAUGUCUGUUUUGACCUUCCCAUUCCUGAUAGUUACGCACCUGCUUGUGAAGUUCUCCAAAGCUCUGAGGUUGAAGAUGACACAAGCAAUCCUGAAAAGGCUGAAGAUGAUAUAAGCAAUCCUGAAAGUGACAAAAAUAAAAAAAGAACUAAAAGAUGUGUUACAAAGAUUGAUAGAAAAGAAAUGAAUAAAUGCUAUCCAGGCUUCCAUAAGGCAUUAUUGGAUAUUAUAGUAAACGAAAAAACUGAGAGUCAACUGGAAAUGCCAAGUUCAGGCCAAAUGCAAUGUUUAGAACAUUUGUUUGACCACUGCACUGGAAACAGUAUAGUUGUUAUUCAAUCAAUUCUCCAUGACAUUUUUGAUGUCUGUUUUGACCUUCCCAUUCCUGAUAGUUAUGCACCUGCUUGUGAAGUUCCUCAAAGUUCUGAGAUUGACGAUGACACAAGCGAUCCUGAAAAGGUUGACGAUGAUGCAAGUGAACCUGGAAGUAGCAAGAUUAAAAAAAGAACUAAAAGAUGUGUUAAGAGAAUAAAUAGUAAAAAAAUGAAUAAAUGUUAUCCCGAAUUCCAUGAUGCUUUAAUGGAUAUUAUAAUAAACGAAAAAACUGAAAGUCAUCUGGAAAUGCCAAGCUCAGGUCAAAUGCAGUGUAUACAGCAUUUGUUUGACCAUUGCACUGGAAGCAGUAUUGUUAAUAUUCAAUCUAUACUCUAUGUUGUUUGUGGUAUCUGUUUUGACCUUCCUAUUCCUGAUAGUUACACACCUGCUUGUAAAGUUCCUUUAGGCUCUGAUGAGAAGGAUAAUAAUGACCCUAAAAAAUGUGUUAUGGAAAUAAAUGGUCGAGAAAUGGACAAGUGUUAUCCUGGAUUUCAACAUGCUUUAGUUGAUGUUAUAGUUUCUGAAAAAUUUUGGUCUGAUCUAACAAUGCCAAGCUCAUACAAAAUGAAGUGUGCACGACCUUUCUUUCGCCAUUGUAGUGGACAUAGUAUUGUUAGUAUUCAAGCUAUUCUCUAUGCUGUUUAUGAUUUCUGUUUUGACCUUCCUUUACCUGAACAUUACGUGCCUGCUUGCGAAGUUCACAAAAGCACCGAACAAACGCCUGAGGAUUGUAUGAUCCCCUCUAUUCCAAGUGUUACAUACAUUACCUGUUAUUUAGUACCUCGAAAAACUGAAGAAUGCAGUGAAGAUAGAAUAUUAGCAUGGAAAUUAAAAAUUAAAGAUUGUGUUUUAUCUAGUUUACUUAAACAUAAUCUGACAGUUCAAGACAUCAUAGAUAAAGUCUCAUUAAAAAAAUUGAAAAUCAUUGUAGUUGCAUGCAUAAAAAAAACUGGAGACCUGCCUUGUCGAAAAGACACUUAUUCCUUGAUCAAAUGGAUUGUAGAAAAAGAAGUUAUUAUUGUUGGGCAGUAUAUAGAGCAGAACCCAAAUUACAAUCCUGAUGAGGAAGGUGAUGGAUCAGUAUCCGCUGAAAAAUGUGUUAUCCAACUACAGGAUGAUGAGAUGGACAGUUGUUAUCCUGGUUUUCAUAAUGUUCUGAUGGAUGUUAUAGUACAUAAGAAAAAUAAAGUUGCUCUGGAAAUGCCAAAUUCAGAAAAUGUACAGUGUAUACAAAACCAGUUUUCACACUGCAGUGGAGAAGAUAUAGUUAACAUUCAGAACAUGCUCUUUACUACUUUUGGAAUCUGUUUUAAACUUCCCAUAAAUUCAAAUUUGAAACCUGCUUGUGAUAUUCAUGAAAACUUAAGGAAGGUUUGCACCAAAUCCUUUGCUUCUUCAUUUGCUAAAAAAGUUGAUAAAUGUGUGAAAAAAAAGUCAAAAAACCUGCCUUUGGAUGAGCAUAUGGUUAAAAUUAUUAUCUGUGUAAAUUCCACAUCAGUAUCUUGUGCGUUUUCUAAGUGGCGACCGUUUCAAAUUCUUCUUACAAAAAUCAUUGAUAUUAUCAAGAGAUCAGAUCAUUCAGGAGAGCACAGCGGUGAUGAGUAUAAUCAACAGUGUUUUAAACAACUUACUUUAGAAAACAUCAAACCAUGCUCUCGGGAUAUGAUAGCCUUAGUAUCAGUUUUGUAUGACACAGGAGCAAAAGUUGAAGAAAAGACUAUGAAGACUAUAACCCAGUGUUUUGCAUCGGUGCUGAAGAAAUGUGGAAGAACAUUUAUUAAACAAUUUCUUAAAAUUGUUGAAUAUAUUGCAAAUCUCUCUCAAAUGAACAUAGAUUCUGAAUCUGACUAUUUAAAUAUUAUUGCAACACAUUCCAGUUAUACUGUGUCACAAGAGGAAAUAAAUGUCUGUGAUAGUGUUAUUGCUGAAGUAGCGAGUGAUUAUGAAGGAAGUUCUGAAGAAAUGUGUUUACCUUUGAAUGGAGGUGAAAGACCGUCUAAUCUGUUCGUUCUAAUGAAAAACUGCAGGCGUUCUGAAAUUGAAAAAUGGAUUAAAAGAAUUUCUCGUUGUGUCUCUAAAGCAGCAGAAGCAGCUGGAUUAAAAAAUCCAAAACUUCUUCAUUUGACAAAGAUUGUAAAAUUUCUGCUCCAGUGUGUCAAACAUAAAGAAAAUCACCUGAUUUGCCGUCCGAAGACUCUAGGCCUUUUUAAAUAUGCUUUGACUUCUCUAUUCUCAACUGUAAAAAAAAUAACUUAUACUUCUCACAGAGAUGGAUGCUUCGAACAGUUUGCAUCAGCUCGUUUCAAUAAAUGUUAUCCAAAGCUAUAUCGACAUCUUGUGAUCUUAUUUCCAGGAUCUAAAACCAAAGACUCUAAACAAAAAGCGUGGUCUUGCUUAUCAUCAUCCUUAAAACAGUGUCCCAAAGAGGCUGUGGAACUCCUGUUUGAAAUCUUAUACACUGCUAUUGCACAAAACGAUGAACAGUACAAUGAUUACAGUACUCACGACGGACUGAUGACUUGCGAGCCAGAUGAUGCUUGGGCGAAUUGUGAUGAACAAGUUAGCCAAAACAAUGAAGUCAGUUCUGAAUAUAUGGAUGAAGACAGUGGGAAUGAAAUGCUCUCGAAUGAAUAUGAAUCUGAUGACUAUGAAAUGGAUGUGUUGAAUCUAAAGUUCGACGAUUCUGCUUUGCAUGAAACACAAGCUGUCCAUCCCAUUGCAAAAGUUUGUUCAAAAGCUGACUAUCAACUCUAUUUUGAAAAUUUGAUGGAAUGUCAAAAUAUUAAAAUGUCUCUUAUACUUAACAGAGAUGUAAAUGAAUGUUCAAUUAACAUAAUAGAAAAAUCUCUUGAGGCAGUAACUGUUUGUGUAUUAGAAGAGAAUGCUAGAAUUCCUUGCAUUUUUAAUGAAGAGUGGCAAGUGAAGGAUUUCCUAAAAGAUUUAAGUUGGUUACUAAAAAGUAAUUUACGAUUUAGAAGAAUGCAUUGCCCUAAUGAUAUGCCUUGUUAUGGUGCUUCAGCAAGAAAUAUUUCAAAAUGUUCAGAUUACGUAUUCAGCCUCUACAAAGAAUCCAUGAAUUCCUUGAGCUACCAAAGAGGGUUUGAAGUGAUAAAUUCCUGUGUUAACCAAAUAUGGCCAAAUUGUUCCUCUUCAUUUUCACUUUCUGCCUUGCCAAUUAUAUAUAUUCCCCUUGGCAUUAAUUUGUCAGACUACCUCAAAGAAACUGGAAAUCAGACUUGUUUUUCUGCCAAGAUUGGUGCAACAACAUCCGCAGUGUGUAAUGUAAAGCACAGAAAACUGGCAACUGAAAUAAUUAACGAUUGUUUAGAUAGAGUUGUGACCAAACUCAUGGAUCUCUUAGCGCAAAUGAAAAUACCUUUGGAUGAAAUUCAUUGGACUGUAGAUCCAUUGUCCAUAUGUGUUACAACUCACCAAAUUUUAGAAUGCCAAGAGAAAGAUUUGUCUACUUUUAAAUUCUUCAUGAAUAAUUUAUUUAAUGUUAUAAAAAGACAUCUUGAAAAGUAUUUGCAUAUUUUUAAAACUGAUGCUGAUUUCCAGGCCGGUAUAAAAUGUAUCAGAAGUUUUUCCAAUUAUAAGAUAGACCGAUGCUUGUCUAUCAUGUUUGGAUUCAUUUCAAGUUAUCAUGAUGGUUAUGCAAGGGUAUCUGAUUAUCCUUUACAAUGUGUGGAAGAGAUUUUUAAAAACUGUGGUGAUAUGAAAACAUUCCACACAUUAAUGAAGAAAAGCAUGAAUGUUCCAACAGCAGACAGUAAUCCUGUUGUACCAGAAGUGUGUUUCCAAACCAAACAUCAUGCAGCUACUUUACGAGAAUGUUCAAUAAGAGACUUUGAAGAUUCUUACAGUGAGACAUCUAACUGUAUAGAAGAUGAUGGUCUCAAUUAUUUACCUAAAGGCUUUCAAUCAAUUUUAGAGGUGUGUACAAACUGUGUAUUGAAAGAAGUUUUUACUAUGUGCUAUUAUAAAUUACAAACCUUGAAAGACAUCGCUGUUAAAGCUCUUACGCCAAUAGGAAAAUGUUUGCUCAAGUUUGACGACACAAAGGAAAAGUGUAUUUUGGAGAUAACUCAAGGUGUAAGAAAUAAGUGCAUUUUAUAUCUUCAUUCAUUUGCUUUCUAUAUCAAAAAGGGAACUUUCAUGCAGGCUGCUGAAUCAUCCAAAGAAUUCUAUAGCUGCAUCAAACAAACAGUGAAAACCUGCCCCGGAUAUGCACACAAUGAUAUCUUCAGACUCUACAAGAGAUUUGCAGGGUUGCAAAUCACGUCACAAUAUGAAGAAGAUACUGAGACAACAUUUGGAAUAAGCUGAUAGGAAUGUAUUUCUGGUUGCAACAAAUUGGUAUAGCUCUCAUAAUGGUUUGAGUCAUUUCAUUGGACAUUCAAGAUUAACUAAUUUAUCAAAUCACUGUACUAUUCAAACAAAUAAAACAUUUUUAUUUUGUUUCA